GUAUUCUUUGGAGAACAGCUGGUGGAACUUAUCAGUCAAAUUCCAAUUGCUGUGAACAGUAGAUGUGGUCAAUUGGAAUUGAAAAUAAAGAAUUCAGAGAAAUCUAUAGCAGCUUUAUCUUUUGAGGCCCUGAUGGAAUGUAACACAGAGCUUAAUCAUUGGUCAUGGAUGAAGAAAUUAAAAUUGAGACCAAGAGUUGAGCUCUUUUGGUGGAGGCUUUAUAAUGAAGCGGUUCCUUCGAAUGCAUUUCUGAUGAAAAGAAAAUUACGUGGAAUAGAUGCUUGUCCGAGAGGAUGUCACGGAGAAGAAGACUGCUGGCAUAUAGUAGGAAAUUGUGUUAAAAUUCAGAAUGUUAUCAAACUACUGAACGGAUGGGGCUUUAAUAUUCCAGUAUUUAAAUAUUUCAAAAACUGUUUGGAUGAGCUUAAGAGGUAUGCUGGUUACAAAUCCUUUAUUGCAAAUCUUUACUACACAACUAUUUUUCUUAUUUGGAAAAGUAGAAGUAAGUUGAUACAUGAAGUAGUGGAAGACUCAAAUAUUACCAUAGCAGCUAAUUCGAUUUCUUUGACUCCGGUGAGCAACUUUAUCAAUCUUUCCUCGUAUAAUUGGGAUGAUAACCAGUGCAAGCUGUCCAAUUCUUGGCAUCCUCCUCCACCCGGGUGGAUAAAGAUUAAUGUAGAUGUUGCACUGAAAUGUAACAACAUGGCUGGAAUUGGAGGUGUAGUUAGAGAUGAAAAACGUCGGUUUUUGUUAGCAUUUGGAUUUCGAUACGUGCAUUGGGAUAUAGCUCAAGUGGAAUUAAUGGCUGUGUAUUGCUUGAAGAAUUUUAUGCAAGAUUGGAUGUAUGCAGUUCAAGGUGUGAUGAUAGAAGGUGAUAACUUCAAUAUCAUUAAAGUUCUUCAAGAGAAUUUGAAGGAUUGGAAGAAUAAAG